CAUUUAUUUAUUUAUUUUUGUCUAUAAGGAGUUGAAUCGCGAACAAAAUCCGUGAACAGUACCCGGUUUCGACACUCGCGUCUCAGCCUCAGUUUCGGAUCUCUCCCUUCUCUCACCAAUUUCCAGGAUUUGAAAAAUGGCAGAUUCCAAACCAGGAUUGAGGAAGCCAGUGUUCACCAAGGUCGAUCAGCUUCGUCCAGGGACCAGCGGGCACACUUUAACUGUGAAGGUGGUCGAUGCUAAGAUGGUGAUGCAGAAAGGUCGUUCUGAUGGUCCUCAAUCCCGCCAAAUGCGAAUUGCUGAAUGUUUGGUUGGUGAUGAGACUGGAAUGAUCAUAUUCACUGCCAGAAAUGAUCAAGUGGAUAUGAUGAAAGAGGGUGCUACUGUGACCCUGCGCAAUGCCAAAAUUGACAUGUUCAAAGGAUCAAUGAGGCUUGCUGCGGACAAGUGGGGCCGUGUGGAAGUCACAGAACCUGCUAGUUUCACUGUGAAGGAAGAUAAUAACUUGUCUCUCAUUGAGUAUGAACUGGUGAAUGUUGUUGUGGAAUGACUUAUUGGGACCUCUUGGAAUUUCUAAUGAGAAUAAAAACAAAUCAAGCAAAGAAAUCUAGCCUUUUUAUUUGUCUAUGGGACAUCUCAUCAUGCUCAUCACAGUUCACCUGAGUUUAGGAAUAGAGAUUUGAGAAGCCAGUAGUACCAACAGUUGCUUCUUACUGUUGCAACAGACUCUGUGGAUCUUGUAGCUUAUCCACUGAACAGAUGGUGGAUUUAAGUGCAAAUGGGAAUUGGCUUCCAGAUCAUGCGUUUUGUUAUGCUAUCUAUUGACAUUUUAGAUUAUGUGCACCUUCAUCUACCAUGGAUUGCAUGUAUCAGAAUAUUAUGUAUGGCAGAGAUGGGUGUUUAUAUUUGAGAAAAUCCUUUGCUUAAUCUCAAUAUUUAAUCUUUAUCAUGUUCUACAA